AUGGAAAUAUCAACCACAGGCUUAGAAGGGAUUGGUAUAUUUCAAGAUGACAUAAUAGUUGCGGGAAAAACGGUAGAAGAACACAACAAUAGAUUAAAAAAAUUACUUAACGUUUUAUCCGAAGUUGGUUUAAGGGUUAAACAAAACAAAUGUAGUUUUCUCAAAAAUUCAAUUGAAUAUUUAGGUCAUAAAAUCGAUGAGCAUGGCUUGCACACCUUAACUAAACACAUAAAUGCAAUACAAUCGGCCCUGGUUCCAGAAAAUAAAACUAUAGCAGCAGACAUUCUUAAACCGUUAUACUCAUUACUAAGACAAGAAAAAAAAUGGCUAUGGUCACCAGAAUGUGAUCAAGCAUAUAAUAACAUAAAAAAAAUGCUUAUCUCAAGUCCUGUGUUAGCACAUUAUGACCAAAAACUUCCCAUAAAACUCACGGUCGAUUCUUCGUCAUACGCACUAGGUGCAAUCAUAUCGCACACUUAUCCUGACCACUCAGAAAGACCAAUUGCAUAUGCAUCACGAGUAUUGUCAAACAGUGAAUGCAAAUUUCCACAAAUCGAAAAAGAAGUUACUGAUCACAAACCGUUAAUCCACAUAUUUGGAGAAAAAAAAGGAAUACCAAUUUAUGCGGCAAAUCGCUUACAACGUUGGGCAUACGUUCUUUCUUCAUUCGAUUUUGAAAUUAAGUAUAUUAAAUCAGAAGGAAAUACUGCUGACUUUUUAUCACGCAUUAAAACAAACCAAUGCAACAAUAAUAUUAAUGAAUAUGAUGACGCUCACAUCAAUUUUAUUCACGAACAGUCACCAUUUCCGCUAGAUUGGCACAAAAUUAAAAUUGAAACGAAAAGAGAUCCAAUUACCUCUAGAGUAUUACACGCUACAAAAACAGGUUCAUGGAGUAAUGACUUUUCAAUAAAUUCCGAAUUAAACUCGUAUAAUACACGCAAAAUAGAAAUUACUGCUGAACAAGAUUGUUUAUUUUGGGGCUAUAGAGUAAUCAUACCAACCAAAUUCCGUAAGUCAAUUCUAACUGAACUGCAUUCUUGUCAUAUUGGCAUGUCGAGUAUGAAAAGCAUUGCGCGUUCGUAUUUCUGGUGGCCUAGUAUAGAUAAAGAAAUUGAGGAUAUGGCCCGAAACUGCAAUGAAUGCAUAAAUGCGAGACCUAAUCCUCCUAAGUCAGUACUAACUCCGUGGAAAUGGCCACAAAGACAAUGGACGAGAGUGCAUUGCGAUUUCUUAGGUCCGUACAAAAACAAACAUUCCUAA